GUGCUCAUGGUGCCUGAAUUUCUUUUAGUAAUCUUCUUAGAGACGGGGGACAGUUGGUUUUGUAAAAAGUGCGCACUUAAAGAUUACGUCGAUCUCGCCUCGAACAACAGAGCCUAAAUCUACCGGCUUCUCUCGAUAUGCAAUUGGUCAUGUACAAAGAUAAAGUUGGAGUAAAAUCAUUCUGCCUAACAGGUGAAUGAAUGGAAUGAUAGAUAGUAGUAGAUAGUACCGAUCACUCAUUCAUCCCUGUUUGUAUGGUGAGGUGACGUUGCGUGUAGCUCAAGUAACUCCACAGUUAUUCAAAAUGAGGAUGAUCACCUUCUUCCUGGUUGGGCUGACGGUCCAUGUGGUCUUCUUCCUGUCCAUCUUUGAUAUCUACUUCACUUCUCCCCUGGUCCAUGGGAUGACACCCCAGUCCACACCGCUGGCAGCCCCUGCCUCCAGACUGGUGUUACUGGUGGCUGAUGGCCUCAGAGCAGACAGUCUCUUCACCUUGCUCCCCAACGGCUCAUCCAGAACACCAUACCUAAGGAGUAUAAUAGAGGACACUGGUACUUGGGGUGUGUCACACACGCGUGUGCCUACUGAGUCUCGUCCAGGUCAUGUUGCACUCAUCGCAGGAUUCUAUGAGGAUGUCAGUGCAGUUGCUAAAGGCUGGAAGGAGAAUCCAGUGGAGUUCGACUCGGUGUUUAAUGAGAGCAGACACACCUGGUGCUGGGGCAGCCCUGAUAUCCUGCCUAUGUUUGCCAAAGGCGCCAGUGGAGAUCAUGUUCAUACCCACACAUACCCAGCAGAGGAGGAGGACUUCGCCUCCACAGAUGCCUCCAGGCUGGACAACUGGGUGUUCAGUCAAGUCAAAUCUUUCUUUCGGUCAGCAAAGUCAAACUCCACCCUGAAGGCCAGCCUGCUCGAGGACAAGAACAUCUUCUUCCUGCACCUGCUGGGCAUCGACACUAAUGGACACGCUCACCGACCAAUGUCACAGGAAUACCUAGACAAUAUUGCGCUAGUAGAUAGCGGCGUAGCUGAAAUCGUGUCUGUAAUAGAGGCCUUCUUUGGUCACGAUGGCCGGACAUCCUAUGUGUUUACCUCGGAUCAUGGCAUGACAAACUGGGGUUCCCACGGUGCAGGCCAUCCCUCUGAGACGCUCACCCCUUUAGUAGUGUGGGGAGCUGGGGUUCAAAAUGCCCAAAGAGUCACUGAACCCCAGCCAUACGAUGACGGAUAUCUAAAAGAUUGGAAUUUGGAACAACUCCGUAGAGUGGACGUCAAUCAGGCUGACAUUGCUCCCCUCAUGGCUUCUCUCAUUGGUGUCCCCAUUCCUGUUAACUCUGUUGGUGUGUUACCACUUCUCUACCUCAACAACAGUGACCAGUUCAAGGCAGAGAGCAUGUACACCAAUGCCAUUCAAGUGCUAGAACAGUUCAAGAUGAAAAUGAACCAGAAAAAGGAAACAACCUUGCCUUUUCUCUUCACCCCAUACCAACUACUGACGGAGUCAAAACAAGCAGAGUUCACUCACAAAGCCAGAAUACUAAUUCAGCUGGAGAAGUAUGAGGAUGCUAUCUCUCUGCUUCGCUCUCUGAUAUCCCUCUCUCUGGAGGGCCUGGUCUACUACCACACCUACGACAGGUUCUUCCUGGGCUGCAGUGUGGUGCUGGGGUUUGUGGGCUGGACCUCAUAUGUUAUCUUAGUCAUACUGAAGACUCACGCCAGCCUCAACAGACAUCCUAAUCUCACUAAACAGAAUCCCAACCAUACCUUGGCGAGGCUGUGUAUGUGUGUGGCGGUGGUGAUCACUGUGUUCCUGCUCAUCCAAAGGAGCCCCGUUACCUACUACAUUUACUGCCUGCUGCCCGUCCCUGUAUGGUACUCUGUUCUUAAAGAGUCUGGGACUCUAACAGAUUUGAUCCGGUCCGCCCCCUCUCUGCCCCUAUGGAAAUGUUUCGGCUAUUUUGUGCUGGUGGCUUUUGGGAUCGAACUACUCGUGUUGAGUUUCUUCCAUCGCGCCAUGCUGACUGUGGGCCUGGCUGCUCUCUCUGUCUGGCCCUUCCUGUCGGGGCUUUUUGGCAAGGCCAAGUUGCGGUCACUGAGCUGGUUUCUGGGCUGUCUGUGCUUGGCCGCUUUCCCCCUGAUGCCUGUUGUGGGUAGAGAGCCUAACAUACAUCUAGUUGCCUGUGCAGGUCUUCUCACGCUCUUCACUUCGGCCUGUUACCUAUGGUCAUCACGGCACAGGACGCCACUACACCCCAGCGACAGGCAGCAGUUUAUAUGUCAGAUGCUCCACGUUGCGGUUUGUGCAUACGUGCCAUCCCUCACGCACUCCAGCCUGCAACAGAAACAGGGCCUGCCGCUUCUUAAUCAGAUCAUCAGCUGGAGCACAUUAGCUUCUUCUAUAUUGGUUCCCUUGCUGAGCUCCACGCGUCUUUUCCAUCGACUCCUCAGCAUAUUCCUGUCUCUCACGUGCACGUACUUGCUGCUCAGCACUGGGUCGGAGGCCUUGUUCCCACCUGUGUUGUCUUGGGUAAUGUUUGUGUGGAUCAACAUUGAACAGGAGGCCUUGCUCGCUCAGGGCGCCUCUGGCAGGCAAGAGCUGUCCACUAUAGAUUUCUCUGCAAACAUCGACAUCACCAAGAUCCGCCAACUGAAAUUGGAUGAUAUCAGAAGAUCAUACUUUUUCGUAUUUUUUAUAAUUACGGCCUUUUUCGGCACUGGAAACAUAGCCUCCAUUAACAGUUUUGACCCGGCCUCUGUUUAUUGUUUCCUCACUGUCUUCAACCCAUUCAUCAUGGGAGGUCUCAUGAUGUGGAAGGUUAUAAUUCCAUUCAUCAUAGUUAUGUGCACAUUUGAGACGAUUCAAGUUGCAACACAGCUCUCAUCAAGAAGUUUGUUCCUCAUCGUCCUGGUUAUCUCUGACCUGAUGGCUCUGCAUUUUUUCUUCUUGGUGCAGGACUAUGGCAGCUGGUUAGACAUCGGAACAAGCAUCAGCCACUAUGUGAUAGUGAUGUCAAUGACCAUCUUCUUGAUGUUGCUUAGCAUUGUCACGCACAUUCUCACCUCACAAAGGCUCAUCCUGUGGAAGAGACCCAAGAUGCACUUCCCCUAAAUGGCCUGUUUACAUGCGUCACACAGACUGACUCAAAGAAACACUGUUCAAUUAAGUUUUGCAGAUUAGUUUUGUAGCUAAUUUAUGUUAUUGCUCUACAGUUUUUAUAUAUAAGAUAUGGGAUACGGUUUUAAGUCACUACGCAGUACUACAUACUAUUGGAAGGACGUCUUACAGGGAGAUACUUUUUCACUGGUUUCCUGUGUUUGGUACAAGCUCAUUAAUUUUGCAUUAAUCAUUGGUGAAUGUGUUACUUGAAUAUUUGACUGUGAAUUGAGCCUUUGCCAAGAGUGCUGUUUCCGAUCUAUCAAGAAGGCUAACACAAUUUCCUGUAAGAUUUAGAAUGAAAGAGGGUUCUGUCUUAACUUAUUGUGAACUGAUACGUGCAAAUAAACCUGAGGGAGAGAAAUGAAACAUAUGUGUCUCACAGAAAUAAACCAGUGUGUGUUAAUAAAGAUGAGCAAAUACUGUAAACUGA